UCCUGAAUCCUCACUGCUUUAACCAGCACCAGCAUUUUCUCUCUUUCUUCUAUCACUUUCUUGAAAACUUGCAUUUUCAUCCCAAACCAAUAUGGCAGCUUUUUCAUACCAAUACCAUCCUUUUCUUGUUGACUCAACAUUCUUCCCCAAUCCUCAGCUUCCCCUUCAUCAGGAAGCAUCUUCUAAUGUCACAAAUCAGGAGACUAGUUGUGUUGAUCAAAGCUCCAAGAUUACCAUCAGUGACAAUGAGCCUUCUGUGACCAAAAACCUUAGUCCUCAAUCGUCUAUGGUAUUGGACAAGUUUGAAACAGGUGAGCAAGUCACUCAGAAGGUGACUCCUAUGGAGAAAAAGAGGAGAAUCAGAAAUGGAUCUUCCUUAAGUAACCCCCAAUCUAAGGAUACUGAUACAGAAGGGAGAAACAAGAAACUGAAGAAGAGCAAUGGUGGGGUGAAAGAGGAGGACAAGCAAAAAGAAGAGAAGAGGGAUCAGAGAAAAUGUCCACAAGAGAGCCCAACAGGUUAUAUCCACGUCAGAGCAAGAAGGGGUCAAGCAACAGAUAGCCACAGCCUUGCUGAAAGGUGUGAAUGUUGGAAAAAAUGGAUUUUUCAGGUGAGAAGAGAGAAAAUAAAUGAAAAGAUGAAGAUGUUGCAGCGACUUGUGCCAGGCUGUGAUAAGGUGACUGGAAAGGCCCUUAUGUUGGAUGAAAUAAUCAAUUAUGUUCAGUCUUUACAGAAUCAAGUGGAGUUCUUGUCAAUGAAGCUUGCUUCUGUGAAUCCCAUGUUCUAUGACUUGGCAACAGACCUAGACACCCUCAUGGUUAGACCAGAGAGAUUAAAUAGCAUAGCAUCUCCAUCACCACUUCCAUCUGUGUCACAUUGCAACAGCCCCAACCAAGCCACAACUUUUGCUGAUACAACCACCAUAUUCCCCACUGCUAGUGACUGCCUUUUGGAUAGUUCAGCUUCAUUUUUUCUUCAAGGCAAGAGAUCAAAUGUCUUCUCUGAGGAUAAUGGUAGUCAUUUCUUGGACGCAGAAGACCAACGACAAAAGUUUCUUCAUCCAUAUGGAUUCAGCAACAACUUAUGUUCCUUUCAUUAAUAUAAAUAAAAUUCACAUAGCUGCCCUACAAUUAAUGUUGAUUUAGCUUUUACAUUAGGUAAGGAAAUUCCAAAGAAGCAUGAGAAGGAGCCAAAAAGAUUGUUAAGCAUUGCAAGAAAAACCAAAGCUACGCUUGGUAUCUUUAUAAAGCUCUACAUCAGCAGUUGAAGGGAGGGAAAUUCUUGGCGAAGGCUCUGGCUUGGUUCCUAGUCCAUUAGAUUGAAGUGACCCUUGAAGUUGAAUAAAGGGUAGCAAAAUUAAUGGAUGAGGAACCAUAAGGACAUAAAGAUGCCAACGUGGAAUAAGACAAUAUCUUUAAUUUUCAAGAUCCAUAUUGUUCAGUUCCAGUGAUUUUUGACUCUCUUAUGAUGCACAAAUUCCGAGAGACUAGAGUCCUAUAUACAUCAGAUAUUGAAAUUCAUAUAAUGUAAUUAUUAAAGUAUUGAUUCUUGUGGUGGCAGUUAUUCUCUGUUGGUACAGUUAAUUUUUACCAUUAUUGAGAAAUGAGAGGUUGAUGCUACUAGUCAUGUUCUUGACAUGACUGGCCAUGCAUUUGUUGUUCUAGUUAGCUUUAUGUAUAUGUAUCUGCAGAAUCUUCAGAGU